AUGCUCCAUUCUACACUCCACGACUCUCUGAUUGUUUACAGCAAUGACGGCUUGUGGAGUGUCAAGGAAAAAGAAGAAAUCAUUGACUGUGUAGAACAGAUCUAUCUUAAAACCAACAAUAACAAAAGAAAGUUGGUCAACCAGCGAAAAGACAGAAACUUAAAAUACAAAAAAUAGAUACUCCAGAAAUUGAAAGCAUUUAUUUAUUUAUUUAUUUUGACGUUUCGUUUCAUCUAUUGCUAUUAAUAAAAUGAAACUGUCUCUAAACCAUGGAACUAACGCCUCUAAAGAUCUAUUAAUAUUUAACUAAAUGUAUCUUGUUACUUCACUAUAUAUACUUGUACAUAUGUAAUAUCAUCAUCAUUCAUUUCCUGAUGACGACUAUAGUUUAGUCAAAAUCUCAAAAUAAAUUUUCAAAAUGCUUUCAAUUUUUGGAGCAUCUAUUGUUUUGUAUUUUAUCAAAAUACUCAGUGAUUCCCGUAAUUUUAAGACAGAAACUUGACGAGGAAAUUGCCGGUGAUAAACCACAAGAGAUGGCUGACCCUUUGGCUGUUGAUGAUGAUAGUGACACUGCCAGCGAUGUAUCUUUCUCAGAUGAAGAAUUUUCACUUUCAGAAUCCAACAGUGACUGA